AUCUUCCAAUAUCCCCAAACGUAUAGGAUCCUCAUUUUUUGUGCCCUUAAGAGUCGUGUCGGUUAAUUUUCAAAAAAGGACGAUACAAUUAGAAAAGUUAAAAUGCAGAUAACGCUCCUUACGAUCAGUUCCUUUACGUUUUAUGCUUUGUUAGCAUGCGCGACGUUAUCUUUGGUGAUUCUCUUAAACGAACUCAUUCCUAAGGCUCUGGUGAAAGUAAAGUGUAGAAAAAGUGUUACAGGGAAAAAGCUUGUAAGAAGGGCGCCCGGACCACGUCCUCUUCCCAUCAUAGGCAACCUUUCGGUACUCGAUGGCUACGAGGUCCCUUACCAAGCUUUCUCAGAUCUUCGUGAUAAAUAUGGACCAGUCAUAUCAUUACAAUUGGGGGCAAUCCCGGCUAUUGUUGUAAAUGGUGUCGAUAAUAUCAAAGAAGUUCUGAUUACGAAAACAUCUCAUUUUGAUAGCAGACCAAAUUUCCAAAGAUAUCAUCAACUCUUUUCAGGAAACAAAGAAAAUUCCCUUGCCUUCUGCGACUGGUCCGAAGUGCAUAAACAACGCCGGGAAAUGCUAGCUCCACAUACAUUCCCCAAAAAUUUUUCAGAUCGUUUUAAGCAGUUCGACUCUAUUAUUACGGAAGAAUUAGGCCUAACCAUACUCAAUAAGACUAAGGAUUUAGAAAAAGAGAUCCCAUUACCCAAACAAGCAAUUUUGAAAUAUUGCUGCAAUAUCUUCACUCGAUAUUUCUGUUCGAAACGGUUCGAAAACGAUGACCCGGCAUUUGAUAUCUUUAUCUCAAACUUUGAUAAGAUUUUCUACGAAGUCAAUCAAGGAUACGCCGCGGAUUUUCUUCCUUUUCUGAUGCCUCUUCAUUCUAAAAACUUGAAACAAUUAGAAAGUUGGUCCCAUGAGAUACGAUCAAUACUUCUUGAAAAGAUCAUCAAAAAUAGAUACACUGAAAAUGCUGGAGACGAUGACUAUUUGGAAUGUCUAAUCAAUUAUGUUAAGAAACUGGAGUCCGGGAUGGAUUGGAAUAUGGGACUGUUUGCUCUGGAAGAUAUAGUUGGAGGUCACUCGGCAGUAGGAAACUUUUUAGGUAAAGUUUUUGGGUAUAUCCUUCAAGACCAAAAAGUCCAAGUUGAAAUUCAGCGUGAAGCAGCCAGUGUUCUUCAUACCAGCGUGCAGAGUAAUAUACGCCUUCAGGACAGAAAAUUGAUGCCGUACACGGAAGCUGUUAUUAUGGAAUCAAUACGUUUGAUUGCUUCCCCAAUUGUUCCGCAUGUAUCCAACCAGCAUAGCACCAUUGGUGGUUUCGAUAUUGAGCCCAACACCUUAAUCUUUCUGAACAAUUAUGAUCUCAGCAUGUCACCGGUGUUAUGGGAUGAUCCUGAAAGUUUCAAACCUGAACGUUUCAUCCGCAACGGGCAACUUUUUAAACCUGACUUUUUCCUCCCGUUUGGUGGCGGUCGCCGCUCGUGUCUUGGGUAUAAAAUUGUUCAACUAAUAAGUUUUUCGACAGUUGCAAAUAUUCUCAAGGACUUCAAUAUAGCUGCUCUCCCUGGUCAUGUAAGCAAGGUCCAACCUGGCACACUUGUUACAUCUGAAGACUGUUUUAAAGUUUGCCUCAUACCACGAGCAUAAUUUAAAGAUAUUACAUAUUACCUCAUCAUUAUAUUUAUACCAAUGAGCAUUCAUAACCUUUCUUAAGUGUUUUUGUUAUUAAUUUUAUGAACUAAAACUUUUUUAAUAAUUUACUAGAUAUAUUAAAUAGGAAUAGUAAUUUAUUCGUAAAAAUCAUUUAGUAUUUAUAUACUCGUAUUAAUUUAACCAGGAGCAUAGAGCUACGUCAAAGAUUGUAUUAAGAUUUUGUAUUAAACGAAGCUACGGAGAAUACUAUUAUUAUUAUCUUAAAAAUAAAAAGAUUUUAUGCAAAGUAAAUAAAAAAAAUUA